AAAGAUGUCUGUCACCAAUAAGAAGAGGACUUACAUCAUCAGCCGAUACAGAGAAGAUGCUGAUUUUAAGUUGAAACAGAAGGAAUACAUCACCAGAAAAUAUGCGACAAUGCCAAUUUUCAACUUGAAGAAAAAGCAAUACAUCACCAGAAAAUAUGCAACAGAUUGUUUCAAGUUAAAGCAAAAAUAAUACAUCACCAGCAAAUGCAUGUUUCGAAAGCAGAUGCCAAUUUUAACUUGAAGAAGAAGCAAUACAUCACCAGAAAAUAUGCAACAGAUGCAUGUUUCAAGUUAAAGCAGAAGCAAUACACAACCAGCAAAUAUGCGACAGAUGCCAAUUUUAACUUGAAGAAGAAGCAAUACAUCACCAGAAAAUAUAACAGAUGCAUGUGUUUCAAGUUAAAGCAGAAGCAAUACACAACCAGCAAAUGCUGCCAAUUU